AGGGUUAAAUGGGCGGCUGCCCUACCUUUUUUUUUUUUUAUUUUUAGUUUUAAUUUAAUUAAUGUUAGUAUAAUAUAAUAUAGUUAUAAAAGAACGUUGUUACGUUGCCAUAUAUGAAUGAAUGAAUGAAGAAAGAUAUUGUUAUUUUUUUAUGAACAAGUAUGUAGUACGGUAACUGAAACAGUAGGGAAUCUCACCUCUAUAUCUUCGAUGGUUCGCAAAAUCAUAGAAUUGGGGAAACAGGUAAUUCUUCAACCCUGCGACAAUGUCCUUUUUAGUUUCAUAUAUUGAAUUUGUAUUUUGUACAUGCGUUUCUUGAUUUCAGAUAUUGUGGGUCAUGUUAAUGAUUGAUAUGCAAUGACAUUUUGAAUCUGGGUUUGUUGUUGUAAGCAUUUUCGGUUUCCCUCGUAUGCCUUCCAACUGUUUGAUAAAAUGCCUGACCCAAAACAAUAAUGUUCUGUAGUUCAAACUUUCCAUUGAAAUCACUUGCUAUACGAUUGUUUUUCAUUCAGGACUUGAUCCAGCAGAAAUUCUAAUGAUAUAGGCUUAUUAUCAAUACAAUAUUAAAUCUACCAUGAAUGUCAUGACCACCAUUCCACAGCCCAUCAUCUCCUCAACCAUUCACGUAAACCACUACAACCACCUAUUAACCACCCUCUCGGCGUCAUCCUCCCUCUCACACCUCAAGCAAAUUCAUGCCCGAAUUAUUCGUUCGGGCCUUGACCGCUCAAACUCCCUCCUCAUCAAACUCGUUAUUACGGCAUGCACAUUAUCUUCCCCAUCCUUCGACUACGCCCUAUCGGUCUUUUACCAAAUGCACAACCCAGAACCACAUUUAUCUAACAAAUUGUUACGUGAACUUUCCCGAAGCACCAAACCUGAAAAGGCCCUUUUAGCUUAUGCCAAGAUGAGGGAAAAAGGAUUUGUGAUCGACAGUUUUAGCCUCCCUCCGCUUCUAAAAGCCUCAAUGCGAGUUCAAGCGUUAAGUGAAGGGAUGGAACUUCAUGGGUUCGCUUCAAAAAUGGAUUUUGUAUCAGACCCGUUUGUGCAGACAGGUUUGGUUGCAAUGUACUCGGUCUGUGGACAUAUUGAAGAUGCACGCCUGAUGUUUGAUAAAAUGCCGGAAAGAGAUAUUGUUGCUUGGAAUAGUAUGAUUGACGGUUAUUGCGUGAAUGGGCGCUACAACAAUGUGUUGCCGUUGAUCGAGGAGAUGAAGAGAUCGAACGUAAAACCAGAUGAGAAGAUCUUUUCAACCGUCGUGUCUGCUUGUGCCCGUGCUGGAAAUUUAGAAUUCGGGAAAGCAUUUCACGGGUUUAUUACCGAAAACAAAGUUUUCGUUGACUAUAACCUGCAAUGUGCACUCGUGAUCAUGUACGCAUGUUGCAGCUACAUGGACAUGGCAACUAACAUGUUUAAAAAUCUGUCCCCAACAAACAUCGUUGUUUCUACCGCCAUGAUUACAGGGUAUUCAAAAGCCGGACAGGUUGAUGCUGCACGAUUAGUAUUCGAUCAGAUGACUGAAAAGGACUUGAUUUGUUGGAGUGCAAUGAUUACCGGGUAUGCAGAGGGAGGUCAGCCUCGAAAAGCGCUCCAGCUUUUCGACAAAAUGCUAACCUCGGGAGUAAAACCCGAUCAGGUCACUAUGCUGAGUGUUAUCUCCGCUUGUGCUAGUCUUGGUGCUGUAGAUAACGCGAUAAAAAUCCAAUCAUAUAUUGAUGAAAAUAGGUUUAGUGGAGUCUUACCGGUGAAUAACGCCCUUAUUGACAUGUAUGCAAAAUGCGGGGAACUUGAAAGGGCUAAACAAGUUUUUGCUAGAAUGCAUAAACGAAACGUUAUUACAUGGAGUAGCAUGAUCGGGGCAUACGCGGUUCAUGGAGACGCUAUUAACGCACUUGACCUCUUUCAUGAAAUGAAAUCCCAAAGAGUCGAGCCAAACGGUGUAACGUUUGUGGGUUUGUUGUACGCUUGUAGCCACGCGGGAUUAGUUGAAGAGGGUCGGAAAAUCUUUGCAUCGAUGGUUAACGACUACGACAUAACACCCAAACGCGAGCAUUACGGCUGCAUGGUGGAUCUCUACGGCAGAGCUAAUUUGCUUAAAGAAGCUCUUGAGGUGAUUGAACAGAUGCCUGUGGCACCAAACGUUGUCAUUUGGGGAUCCCUGAUGGCUGCUUGUCGAAUCUACAACGAGAUUGAACUAGGUGAGUUUGCGGCAAAACGGGUUCUUGAGCUCGACCCGUAUCAUGAUGGGGCCCACAUUUUUCUAUCAAACGUUUAUGCAAAAGAAAGAAAAUGGGAAAGUGUUGGGGAAAUUCGAAAGCUGAUGCAGAACAAAGGCGUGGUAAAGCAACGGGGAUGUAGUAGAAUUGAACUGGAUGGGGAGAUACAUGAGUUUUUAACCGCGGAUAAAAACCACGCUCAUGUGGAUGAGAUAUAUGAAAAGUUAGACGUGGUUGUGAAGGAGUUAGAGGUGGCGGGUUACACUCCAAACAUGUCUUGUGUUUUGGUUGAUCUGGACGAGGAUGAAAAGACAAAGGCGUUAUUAUGGCAUAGUGAGAAGUUGGCACUGUGUUUCGGGUUGUUAAGACAGAAAAGAGGAUCUUGCAUUCGUGUAAUCAAGAAUCUUCGGGUCUGUGAAGACUGUCAUAACUUCAUGAAGUUGGCAUCUAAGGUUUACGGGAUUCAGAUUCUCGUACGAGAUAGGACUCGGUUUCAUCAGUACGAGGAUGGUUUGUGUUCUUGCAAAGACUAUUGGUGACUUUCAUAUUAUAUAACAAAAAUCUGAGAAAAUGAACAGCAAGUAUAACUUGUAUGUUGCAGGAUUAGAACUCCUUAACUCCUAAUUUUUUAGUUAAGUAUACCACAUAA